UAACCUUACUGUGGAUCUGUGGUGGUCACGCUGAUAUGGUGAUAAGAACAAGAAUAGUUUUGUAUGCGUGUAAUUCGCCCGCAUAGUUUCUAUCAUCCCUUCUGUUUUACUGAGGCGUUAAGAUGUAACAUUUAACGAACCUUUCGACCAUGGAUAAAAGGAUGUAUGGCAAUGGAGGGUCAAAUUUUGACGAGGGUCAGCCAGUGUUACCUGCAGCAUGCAUUUAUUUACUCAUGAACCGGUCGUAUCACAUAUCUCGCAACACGCGAGCAAUGUGGUUUUUGCAACAUUUGAACACUGUUUUGACCAUACCUCAAAGAACUUUGGUUGUGCCUAAUGAUUUGGAAUUAGAGCUGGUUGUUUUGUCUGUGAUACCUCAAGAUCCGCCCUCAAGCUGGAAACCGGAAUCUAGUCAUUUGUUUCAGUACCUUGUCAUCCCAACUUCAAAUGUCAUUUUUCUUGCUCACGUCUAUAGUGCAGUGUUUUGUCUAGAUAUGAGUCCAUCAAUUUCUGCUGUUGAUAUUCAGCAUGGAAAAGUGAUGAUCAAUGAGAUUUUUAUUGCCUUAAAAAGAAGUGUUGAAGGAAUUGUGAGGCCUCUGAUUGUUCCUGGCUCCUGUAUAGUGUUUGAACCUGAUAUCUAUGUGACGGUUAUUGCUCACACACCUUUUUUUACCACUCCAGCACAGCAGGUCCUAGUGCAAGGCUGGCAGUUAACCAGUGAUAAUUUAGAUGAGUUCUUAUCUGCCAUUCAGAAACAGCUUCAACUUUUGGAAGACACCAUAGCAGAAGUAUCAGGCAUUGCUCAUGAUUAUUUGGAAACCGACCGAAUGAUGCAGGCGGAGUCAGAGAAAUUAGUCGGGAGCUUGUUCGAAGAUGGUCCAGAACUAACAGGAACAUCUGGAACCUCUCACAUUGCAAUGGUCAGCCCUGAUUCCGGUUUUAUAAAUUUGUUACGUUAUGGAAUUCUAGCUCUUCGACUACUUCCAACUAGUAGCUCUUUGAACUUAAUUGUGGUGACCGAUGGGAUGAUCACAUUACCGGAUGUCCAUAUGCAAGAUUCUGUUUUGACACAGUUGAGGUGCAACACUGUUAGCUGCUCAUUUCUGCAUGUAGGAAGUCAGUUUCAUCCAUUUUGCUGCCAAGGGCUCAUACCGUACACUGAUCUCAUGGAAUUUAUUGCCUCUGCAACUCUUGGAGCUUACAUUCCGUCUUUACCGAAAGCAGAAUCUGGUAGCACAGUCAAUAUUUACCAUGAAGCAUUUUUGAUGUGGAGUUUCAACAAGAAAUCUUCAGUUUGUGAAGUUUCAAGUUUUAUCAAAGAUGGACAUUGGACCAUUUACAAUCCCUCAUUUCAAGGAUAUAUGGAGUCAAAUUUGCUCAUGAAAAAGCAUGCUGAGGAAGACUUAAAUGCCAGCCUGUUAAGUGUACUUUGUUGUAGAUUAAGAGAGGGCUAUGUCGUAAAAAGUGUUCAGCUAAAAGAUAAUCAAUUGGAUUUGAUUCUUACCUUACCUUGGUCUCAUCAUAUUUUUAUUGAAUAUAUUGUUUCUUCUCAGUGGCCAUUAACCGUUCUCUCUAGUCAAGUUCAUUAUACCAUUUAUAUAAGAGCUCCUUAUGAGUUCCUUCAUGACAUUACGUGCCUUAUUAAAAAGCCUUUUAGAUCUCAGUUCAGGCAAGCAGUAGUUUCACGCUUCUGGACGACAAUCAAAACCCUAACGCAGUCAGACCUGCUUCUAGCACACCUUGACUCUGCUUCAUUCAAUCCUGAUGCCUACACUUUACCCGAUAGUAUCCGUAGCGGCAUGCCACUUUUUUAUUUACCAACCUUCUCAAGUCAGCCAGCUCUCAUUUCUAGCGAUCCAAUGUGCCCGCAGUUUGCCCACUAUUGGCGCACCAUUUGCUUACUUGAUCCAGGCGUAUGGCAAAAAUGGUUGCAUACAUACAGAUUGGGAGUAGUACUGCAGCAUGAUUCUCCGUUACCAAAAUAUCUCCACUAUCCCAAUUCUAAUGGUCGAUUUCAAGUUCUCCAAUGUCGUCAAGCCGCUGCCACGCUCUAUAGUUUUUUGAAAAAUUGGGCCAGUUUUGUGCUCAUUGAAAACCACUCAUUUGUCAAAUUCAUUACAGUAGGGGAAAUUGACAUCGCUCAGAACCUGUUUUAUAUUCUUCGGGUUGCUUCCAAACCUCCAUGUGCCGUAAUCCAUAUUGCAUUUUUAAGUGCUGUCCCCGGGUGGUUGAGGCACAGAAUCAUUGAACAACUGAAAGAACACAUUGAAGGACUUACAAUAACUCAAAGAAUGUCAAACAAAGAGUGUUUAGUAAGGAAGCAACCUGAAUCCAAAAAAGAAAAUAAGUCCAUCUCUGAAAUAAAAUGUUGUAACUUGCUUCAGAAACCUGUUGAAAAAAUUCUAAUCCGGUAUGAAAGGAUGCCUCUGGAGUUUCAUACGGUUAUUUUUCCAGAUGGUACACAGCCUUUGAACGAUGCGAAACUUCCUGUUCCACCAAAUAGCGGCUUUAUUACAACGCUGUCAAGGUAUCUUCAUCAUCGACGAUGGGUUUGGUCGGCGCAGAAUGAACCCAAUGCACCGAUAGAAAUGUCAGCUUUAGCAAAAAUUUUAGCAACACUCACAAAGAUACGUUUGGAAGAAGGGUUUCGGUUUGCUCAUUCAACAGUGGGUAUCAUUAAUAUGGUUCUGGAGGUACAAAUGAAGUGCUGUGGAGAUGAGAAAGAUGGCACCCACUCAGAGAUAUUGCGCCCUUGUAUCAUACAAUAUGUUCUGUUUCCACCUCAUUCUACAGUUGUUUGCAUAAAAAGCAAUUCGGACGAUGAAACAGGUGAAGAAGGGGAAGAAGAGAACACAACAGAAAUUAUCACUGAGUGCUGGAUCGAGCCACAACAUGGAGUCAUCACCAACUGCCCUCCAAAACGAGCCUACAUGGAGAACCUGCCUUAUCAUCAAUUAGCAGACAUGAUGUGGAGAGUUGAUGCAGAAUGUAUUUCCAACCUUUUGACAUUUGAACACCUGAAGUUGAUGUGCAUUAACCCUCAGAUCAAUUCACCACCUGCUCAUGAUCUUCAAGUCGUAGAGCAAAAUCCUCUUGAGUAUUGGCCGCAUGCAGUUCCUUUGGCAGAUAAAAGAAUUCAUCAAAUCCCGUUUGCAUACAGCUUAACAAAUAUCUUGCCAAAGUGUCAGCAAGCAGAGCUACUCUUCUCAUCUUUAAUUCAAGAUAUCUCUCAACAUCACGAAUCAAAGAUAAUCGUUGAUGCUCCAAAUAACCUCCUGCUUGACAUCCUAUUUGAAGAGCUGAAAACAAUGCAUGACAGAGAACUCUUAUUGAAUGAAACGGACUCUAAGCGACUUAUUGACCUCAUCAUUCAACGCGAGAGAGACCAUAAAGACCAUCCCCUCUUGUUCACCGCAAGUUUUGCAAAAUCAUCCACCAACUUCGAGGAGUCAGGUAGCUCUGACAAAAGGAAGUUUUCUGAAAGUGAAUCAACAGAUACCGGUGAUAGAGAUCCAGUCAACAGUGACUGGACACGGAUGAUCUUAUGGGCCAUCGAAGCUGAUUCUGCAGCCGCCUCUCAUUUAAAUGAGAGAGAUGCAUCAAGAGAUAGAACCAAAAAUCUAGGGGGCUCUGAGUGUAGCGGGGUUAAACCAGGCUCGCAAAAAUCUCACUCCAAGCACCCAUCAUGCGCCCAAUCCUCCAGGAGCCUAGAAUCACCGGUGCCCAUGUGGCGCUGCUAUGUAAAGACAGUAAGCGCUGGGCAGUGUCUUCUCACCUUUAUUCCAGCUUCAUUCAGGGACGUCAAACUUUUAAUGCUUGAGCAAGAAUUGAAAGAUUUCAAACUAACUGGAACUUGCUCUGAUCCAGGGAGUUCCCUGUCCAUGGUCCACUCCCAGCAAACAGAUGCGUCUUCCAAGCAGCUGUUAGAGUCACACCUCAACUCUGCAAGUGAUCUGUUUCUGUCAAAUAUGCCAAACUUAGAAGAUAAUCAAUCGAGGAAACUAAUGAAUAGUUCUUUGUACAAUUCUCCGUCAUCGAGUAAAGGUUGGAUUUUGGACUCGUCAGACCCUGAUAAUGGAGUAUUUGACUCUAAUAGCACGUCUGGUUGGGACAUGUACAACAACCAUUUAGUACCUGAGUCUCCAUUUCGGCUGAGAGCAAGUUCAUGGGACCCUGUCAAAAAAGGCACGCAAGAAUCAAUGAGAAUGCAGAUGUAUACCAGAGCAAGGACUUGCUCUGUUGGAGCUAAAACCAAGCUGUGGAUUGAAGAGAAAAUGAAAAAGUCCGUUGAUUCUUUAAUCCAGUCUAAAUCCUCAGUUCAUCCAGAACUUAUUUCUACAGCCAUAACCAUCCCAGUUUAUAUCUACGACUGUCCGGUCACCAAUUUAAUAGAUGCCUUAAUUCUGAAAGAUGAGUACAUCAAACCAUUUUGCGAUGUUUUUCAAGAUAAGUGUAGUAAUUUUGAUGAAGAGCCCGCACCUAACCAGUUAAUGAGUCACGAACCUUCUUGCCGUCUUUUGAGCCCAGAGGAUAAAUCAGAAGACUCCGAUAUAGGUCCAGAUGAAACUUGUUUGAAACUCCAUUGCCAUGCAAUCACCCAAGUUUACAAGAAAUGUUUCGUGAAAUCACUUUUUAAGUCACUACAUCUUGGCUACAAAAUCAACUCCAGAGAUAUUCAAGAAGCUGUUGACCAGUGCCACAAAGCAAAGGCUCUCAUCAAUAUCACUCAUUACAUAAAGAUUGUUUGCGGCCAUUUACGGGAGUACUAUGCACAUACUGAUACGAAAAAAGAAUCUCAAUUUGAAAACGAGGAAGAGAUCCAGAAAUAUCCGCUGUCAGCAUUGAAAGCAUCCUCGGCUUGUCAGGAUUUGAAACCUUUACAUCGGCUGAUCAAAGAUAAAUUCAUGAAAAUUCUCCAUUCAAGCUUCAAGCAAGUUCCGUGUAAUCCGGACUUCUUCUUCUGCGCCCCUAAUUGGGGCCCUGAAGCAAGACUGAUGGAUGAAACACAGGAUUCUGUCAUGACGGAGGAUUUGCACGUACUCCAUAGAAUCAACGACUUGAUGGAGAAAAAUACUCAAAUUGAAUUCGAAUAUACGACUGAAGACCAAACAACAAUAAAUGGGCAAAAUCAGUGGGAAGGCCCUCUUGGCUCAGUGACAACACCAGACGAUGCCAGAACUUCUCUACUAUCAAACAUGGACUCUAACAGUAUCAUUGACUUCUUGGAAGACAACCCAGAAGAAAUAUCCCCGCUCUUUCUGAAUCUUGUUUGCUCAAUUAAUAAUGUGCACAAUUGCACAAUUAAUAUUCUUCCCACCUGUCUUGGGGAACUUGUAGAUUUUUUGGAGUCUGGCGAGUCAGAUUUAUGCCUGGAUGAUUUGACAGUGACUCUUGAUAUGAUCUGCCUCACUCUUCCUCCCUCUGCAGAAUGUUCGUCCAUUGAUGUUGAGACUGUGUCAGUCAUGAAUGGAGAACAGGUUGUUGAUUCUUCAUGCACAAUUGGUGAAUCCUUCAUAAAUUCCAUGGAUGACAAGCUACAUGAAGACAUUCCAGUUCUUGGUGAUACACUGCAACAUCUACCGGAUUAUCAGUACAGAGCGGUUUCUCAUUGUGUUAACGAGAUUGAAUGGUUAAUGAGCGACGAGAUAGCAGCAUUUUUGUUGGACAAAUCUCCCGUCGAUGAGGAAACGCUAUCUCUGGUCACAAACCAUGUGUCUUCCUCAACAGGGCGAUCCAGUUGUAUGCUUGAGAAAGUGCCUUUGUAUUUUGUGUUUGGUCCUGAUCAAAGUAUGCCCAAAUUUUUACAGGAAUUCAAUUCUAUGAAAAUACCAGAAUACAAGCUAAAGCAGGAGAAGGAUUUUUACUUCCUUAUCAAGGAUCCAACAGUUAUGAAAAAACAAGAAAGCCACAAUCCCAGCUUCUUCCUCGGUCCAAAAAAUUCGGUAGAAUUUUGGAAUCCAAAUGAUGACGUAAAGCUCAACACGCCUGGUGGAAAAAAUGAAAGGUCUUCCUAUUUUACCCAAGAUUUUCCAAAAGGCCCGCCAUCAAACUGGAGCUCAAUAGCAGCAUGGCACAAUGAAGUUUCAAAUUUGAUGGAAAGUGGAUUAGUUAAUGAAGAUGGUUAUGAUGCCGGAAGUAGUGACACUAAUGAAACUUGUGAAUGGUUAAGUGAGUUAGAAAUCAAAAGGCCUGAACUUCCCAAUUUCUGGUUGAUAAUGAAAGUAGAUAAAGAAGCGGUGACAGUCUUUUUUCAUUGCAGGUUUAUUGAAUUGCACACUGAAGAAGUGAAAGCGUAUCGCAUGGUACAGAGCACUGUCAUCAGCAACAUUCGUUUAGUCUGUAAAACUGUCAAUCAGACUAUGUUGUUAAAUAAUUUGCAUGACACUCGUAUUUGCGACAAACUCCUAGAACCUGAGUCCAGCGAUGACGUAUGGAAACAAACGUAUUCCAAAUCUUAUGCAGAUCUAGAUGUUUAUGAAAAUGACACGUACCUUGAGGCAACAUCAAAAUUUAUUCCUGGCUGGUUUUCCUGCCAAGUUGUGUGGGAAACGCACUUCACACUGCAUCCAAGACUGAAAACAGGACCGGGCAAACCAGGCCUGUCAAGAGGGUUUUCUGCUCUCCGUCUCGUCUUGAACAAAUUCGCUGUCACAAAUCGAAAAAACAUGUUUGUCUAUCAAGAUAAUUCUGGAAAUGUAUUCUAUUUAAGAUUGCAUGAAAACAUUGGCUCAUUUUCUAAGCAUAGCAUAGACUUUGAAGAAAACUCUUUAAAUUCUCUCGAGUCAGUUUCAAGAAGUUCAUCUGUAAGCUCUCUUUCUCGGAAAAAUGCGGAAGAACACUUAUAUAAUGAGAUUAUGAGGACAAAAUCUGGUGAAUCUGGAGACAGUGUUAGCUUGAAGAAUGAAGAUCACAUCACCUUAAAAGUACAUGGAAUUUCUGAAGCAGGUCCAGAAGUGAAGAAGGAACUAACACAAGUGCUUCAGAACCGACUUGACGAUGCUGUGCUUGAAGUUGUUUCAGUGAUGCUUGCACGGAACCCAAUGUGUAAACUCUCUCCAGAGGAUGUUCACUUCAUACAAAAGCCACGCAGUGCCCCUGAGACCAUCUAUCAGUUUUCAGUCCAGAGUCAUGCUCUAAGUCAUUUGCAAGCAUUUUCAUUUUAUUUGCGGCAAAAUUUGCAGCAAUUCCUGCACCCACCGAAAUAUGUAGAUCCCAAACCGGCAAAUCAUUUUCAGGACUAUUCUCAAGCAGAGGAUUCACUCAAGCGGGUGAAAGAAUCAGAGAUUUUCCUGUAUAAUCAGAGUCCAGCAUCAGGAAAUAAAGGCAUUGCAUGCAUUGCUUUGGCUCUUGUUGAUCGGGAAAACACUCUGAUCGAACACUCAAACUACCCAAAACUCAAUCCUGAUAGUUACCGAGAGGACCCUUUGACUGUGCAACAGUUCGAAGCUUUGACUGCAACCAACCUUUAUGAGCCCAACCCAAGUUUAUCAGCUCCAGGGCCUGAAGCUCUCAUCGAGUUCCGAAUUUGGAAACAAGGACGCGUCAAUUUGGAAACCCUAUGUCAGAAGCUGAAAGGUAGCGUUCGUCAUUCCCUGUGGGACUUGCUCAUGGAGUUGAAAUUAUUGACGGCCCCCUUAACGGAGCACGAUAGAGACGACGGUGUCCAUGGUCAGCUCCUAGAUGUGCACAGUCAGUUAAUGCCGCAAUGGAUGCAAUUUGCAUCCGACUUAGGUGUACCGUCAGUCCUUGUCAACACUGUAACUUUAAGUGCUCGACAUCCUAUUGGCAUAACAGUGAAAGAAUUGAAUCAGAUCAUCGCCUUCCAUGAUAUCGAGGGAUUUUUAUUCUACGAAUCAGAUUCUUCCGGAGUGCACAAAUCUUUGGAGAGAAGCGCCAACAUUGAAUUAUCUUCUUGCAGAUCCUGCCUUCUCAUUGGUAGAAAUUUGGUUCAAUGGAAAUCCUGCCUUUCUACUGACGAGAACUUCCACAUUGAUAAGUUAGAUCCGAAAGCUUUAAAAGUACUCCAAAAGUUUGCACCACUUCUGAGGAAAACUGAUGAUGGCUCUUACCAAUUUGUGUCACGGCAGCGGUAUCUAUUGAUCAGUGUGACAAAUCAAAAGAUAAUUUUGCACCUCUAUAAUUGGGCAAAAGACAGGGUGGAAUCCCUGAAUCGAGUAACUAAUAAUUUGGGUCAGUGGCUCAGCGCUCGCUCUAAUUUGUUGUCAAGUAUUCUGUACCAAAAAAUGGGAUUAUUCCAUAAUCAGCCAAUCAUCAGGCAGAUGCAGAAUCAGUCUACUAACCCUUACAACACAGUCGUCACGGAUGUUGAAAAUUUAACACACUUUCCUGCACAUCCACCUCGACCACGCAGUAGUGCUGCUCUCCAUCCAUCUCUGUUGGAGGCAUUUCGCAAUACUAUUCUCUUACCAAAAAAAGGCUCUAAAUCUGUAGCGGAUCCAGUCGUUAGAAACACCCAGCAAAUGCUCAACAUUCUUAAAAGUGAUUCCAAAGAACAACAGAAAAAACUGUAUACAAUGUGGCAAACAAGAGGCUCAACACCAAACAUUCCAAUGGCUCCUGAAAUUCUCGAACUAUUCAUCCAGAAUGCCCGCACCAUCCAUUUCUGCAUUACACCUCUUUUGUUUUUACCUAGGUGGAGAAUACAGUCAGCUGCCACUAGAGACCACGCUUUAAAUUUAAGUCCAUGCAAUUCUCAGAUUUUUUUGAAUGAGUGCACAAAUUCAACAAAACAGGAUGAAAAAUGGCAUGAACUUAUCUGCACGGAUUUCAUUCAUGAAUACAAGCAGUACCUCCAAACCCUAGGUUUUAUACCUAUUCAAGUCGGAGCCCCUCAGAAUCAAAAAGGAAAACCAGAAGACAAGAGUUCAGCAAAAUUAGGAAAACAUUCUUAUUUGCAAAAGUCAUCUCUCGGUGGAAUUCUCCUCUUUGAGUUACUCUUUCAUGAGCCGUUUUUUUACGCCAAACUUUAUGCGCUCGAGUGCACACGGCUCCAACAAGCAAAAUCCUUGAGCCCUCUUAUCUCCCAGUUCACGGUGAGUUUUCUAGACGAAUGUGAUCGUGUGAAAAUCUCCAUGCACUUGCAUUCCUUCACGUACGACUACCACUUGCGCUGCCUCCACCAUUUUGUCGCUGAACGAGAGACCCUAUUGAAACCUCGAUAUCACAUAACUAGCUUCCUGGAUGAUUUUCUUAAGUACUAUUCCAAAUCGCCCAACUAUGCAAGAAGCCUAGUUCACACUGAUACGUUGUUCAAGGAUGAUCUAACAACUCCGCCAAGUCAGCUUUUCAAUUAUCUUCUCAGUAAUGAAAAAGUUUACAACAUGAAAGUUCUCUGUAUGGAGUCGUUAGUUGGCUUUGGAUCCGGGUAUCCAGUCGAGAGCGAAUAUGUGCUUGUCCAAAUUAAAAGUAUGCCAUUUGUCACUUAUAAGGAUAAGAACGACAUACAGCAAACGGACGACUUUGAUGUAACGGUGAUAAUCACGCAACUUGAUAGCGAUGUCUCUGCUCUUUGUUUGCAGUACUUCAUAUUAAUGACCAGCCGAAGAGAGCUGUAUCCUAUGUUGGAAGUGGAACAGAAAAUCGGGAAGUUUCGCACUGUUUCAACUGCAAACCCUGUUACUUUCAACUCUCGAUCUGAGUCGCAGUGCUCUGACAUCUCUGAUUUUGAGAAGGAGCUGAGCCAUGACUCAGCAAACUUAAAUACCACCAACAGUAUUACACCUACAACCAAUGGAAAUGGCAUUGAAAAGAAACCUUUGUCUACUAUCCGGCAAGAGUCGGUGAAUUACAUGGGCUACUAUUCAUCGCACGAAGAAGUUAUGCAGCAAUUAAUGAGCGAGCAGAACGAAGCAGCGCGUAAGGAGAUCAUCGAAAUGCUGAACAAAGGUGCUGUUGAUUGCAGAACCCACAUUCUCUGGGACAGACUUCUAUCCUCCUCGAAUUCAUCAACUGCUUUGACGUAUACUGAGCUUCAAGAACUCCACAGUUUAGCGGAUGUGAGAUUAUUUACCGAAAUGGACCCUCCCCUCUCAAAGAUACUCUCACAACCCUUAUCGUGGUAUCAAGCGUUGAUCAAAGUGCUGACAGUUAAAUAUGCUGACAAUGUACGCCAUUUUACGUCACCUGAAGGAACAAUGCAGCAUCUCCUCAUCCUUCAUUCCAGACUGCUCAAUACCUUUGUCAUGCUCACUUUAGACCUACAAACAUCAAGAUGUGAGUUGUCGGUGGUUCAGCGCAAACCAAUCGACAAACACAACGAAGUCAGUGCUGGAGACUUCUAUGCACUAUUUGAGGGCGUUGUCAACACUUGUUGUUAUCACCUGUGGACUGGAGUCAUCUAAUGUGAUUUUACUUCUGUCAAACCAUGGUUCAAUUUUAGUCUUCUCUCAAACGUUAUUUAGUUGUAAGUAUUAAGUUUGUCCUCUCGGAAAAUUGACUGAGUUUUGUACCCACAAUAUUUGUUGAAUGUUUUAAUUUUAGUAUCAGUGAAUGUUGAAGAAUUUUAUUGAACCCACUUCCAGAUACCUCUAUUUUACUCCAUUUAAAAGUUGAUCAAUGCUAGGGGUCCGCGAAGCGGACAAAAAAACUCCCUUCAAAUAAGCUGGAUGCAACCUGCGGAAUUUCGUGGCGGUCACUCCAGUGAGUCGCGACUCAACGUGCGGCGGUGGUGAAUUUCAUUGAACACCGGGAAAUACGUGAAGAAUACAUUCAUUAAAUUCUCCCCCCUUUCUCCUAAAUUUUAAGAAUACAUUUUUAUUGAGCUGCCAACAGAUCUAAGAUUUUUUUAAAAAUUUGUCAUCGGUUUUACUUUAAUUAUCUAGGAAUGAUGAAAAAAAAACUGUUUUUACUUUUUAUUUUCCUUUUAAAUUUUUUUUUUAUCUAUUUCAAUUUAAAACAUAGCAGUAUAUACAAAAUUGUGGUAAAUACUCUGCACUCCGCGUUCAAGAUAAGUUAAAAUAUGAUGAUGGAAUUGAGGUUAGGAGAAAAGGCAUUGCAAAGCGUUUCGCUUCACAAAAUGCGAAGCAAAUGCAAAGCUUCACGGACCCCUAAUCAAUGCUAUUACUGUUGAUCAGUGCAACAUAUGCUUUCAUUAAGCUUCACCAGGGUCUGGCUAAAUCAUACAGAUUGGUGUACCAUAAUGUUCAUCAUUGUAAAUCAUCGGUGAUAUUCUAGUGAUAAGUCUUGUUCUUUAGAUGAAGAAUUCCAGUUUUGUUUAAAUCUAAUCAGAAACGUUUUAUUAGUUUGCCCCAGUAUAUUGAAAUGUAAUCUUCCUCAAAUUUUCAGCUAAUGACAAAUGGGGUGAAAAGAGUAAAAAUUGGGCUUACCAUGUAUUAAUUUCAUGCAGCGUACAUUACUAUAGUCAAUGUAUGUAUAUACUUCAAAAGGACCUUGCCUCCUGUACUUGAAAACAUACUUCUAUUUCAUUUUUAUAAUUCGUUCAGAGACAAAUAGACUUACAUAUAACAGCAGCUCAAAAUCUACUCUGUAUUACGAACAUUGCCAGUUUGCCUAAAAUUAAUUUUCCUCACAAGAGGGAGUAUUGUUCGUAUUUUUUUUUAAAGUUUUCUAUGAUCGUAUGAAAAUGUAGAAAAGAAAAAAAAAUCAUCAAUAAUUGAUAAUCCUCAUCUUUUUCUCAGAAUAUGUGCCCAGUAGGCACAGGAAAUUCUUCUUUCCAUGUAUUUCAGAAGGCAUAAAAGAAGUAUCAUGUGAGUUGCAUUUUUAAGUUUUGCACUAAUUAGUUUAAGCAACCCUCAAAAUGGGUAUUUGGAGUUUAAAAAUCCAUUUUCUUUAUUACAAAUAUUUAUUUGUGCAAAGGAUAAAGUGCAUCAAUUGGCUUAGAAGGUCGGAUGCGAAAUUAGCAGCCCCUUUUUGAGCCCUCUGUAUUGAAUUCUGGAAAUUUCCGGUUUUGAACAAGAAUGUAGUCUAUUAAAUGUAUAUCGAAGCACUUGGUCGGACUGACUGUUGCUCUUUUUAUGUACUCCUUGGUUUUGAAGCCAUAUUUCACAUAAUGUAAAUUAUAUUUUUGUACCUACAUAUUUAAAACAGAACGAGAUGUGUUAUUUCACCAUGAAAAGCCUCAUCUUCUCCUUCGAUGUUUCUUCGAGGAUGAAACUUACUUUUUUGUUUCAUAUUAUAUAUUACUAUUUUUCUAUUGCUCCUUUGUGAUAUUGGUACCUGAGUUGAACUGAUUGUAAUUAUUGUUGUUGUUGGUCAAAAAUCAAUAAUGUCAAGCAUAGUUGAUUGUAAGUUUUUAAGUUAGUCUUAAGUUUCAGAAGUUGCAUACUUUUUACUGUCUACUUUUUAUAGAAAUGUUAUUGUCCAUGGUAAAAGGAGCCUUAGUCCAUGGAGACAAAAAGGAGAGGAAUUUCUGUUGAAAGCUUUAGUUCGUUUUUGUGCUAAUAGAGGGAGUUAAGUUACAGUAUAAUGCAGUAAUUUUGUAUUUAUCCCUAACAUGACAAAUCAGAAUAUUAAUUGGACUUUUCUCCGAACUAUUUUUUUAACUGCAAACUUCAAUCUGCCAUUACUCUGGUUUGGUUUGACCUUUCUGUUCUAUUAUUGUCGCAAACUGUUCACUAAUAUUCCUAUAUAUUUCGGUAUCAUCAGUUCAAUUUAAAGUUUUUGUGGAUCCAGGUUCCUUUCCCUGUGAACACUUAUAUGUGUCUUCGUUACAAUUUUUUUAUACUAUUCUAAACAUUACAGCUCCAGAGAAAUUUACUCACUCACAAAUCAAUGAAUUUUCUUUUUUCGAAGAACAUUUAUGUAUGUAACUGGUGAAAGUGCAGAAACACAUGUCUCGAUUGCAGUGUGAUAAAAUUUCAGUGUCUACUUUAUUUACUCGAGAGUGUACUCAUCAUUUUUGUGCUAGAGUUCUAGAGAAUACUCUUAGAAAGGCAAGAAAAAAUCCUUCAAAAUUGUGUGUAUUGCCAAUGGUUUCUCAUCCAUCAUUCUUUUAAAAAUUGAAAUAUGGCAGGAAAUCUUCAUUGCACCAAAACUGGAUUGCAAGUAGCAGAAGAGAAACAAUGCGAUUACAGUGUUGUGUAAAUCAGGCACCUUCAUCUUAGCAAAAUGCCUAGAAUAGCAAAUAAAUAAGUUUGUUUUUCCAACAUAAAAUUGUUAAUUCUAAAGAAAACGAUUGCGUAAAUUUUAUUACCGCACAUGUAUUUAGUAUUUUUUCGAGUAAAGAAGUUGUUUAAUUUUGAAAGCAUUGUAAUCAAGUUGGUUUCCUUCCGCUAAAUGUGAUCCAAGUAUGAUGCAUAGUUUUAUUUUACCAUUGAUUCGCUUGGUGGCACAUAAAUAGUCUGAUUAAGUUUAGGAUAAUAUUUUUAAGGAUUUAUUUUUUGAUGUGUGGCUUAUAGUUGAGUCGUGAAAUCUGUGAGAAUGCCGUUUAAUAAAAUUUAGUACAUAGGUGAUUUAUAAAAAUCAAAGUUGAAGACAACCUUUCUCAAAUGAAAUUGAGGACUGUUUCCUUGUUGAGUGGCUAAAGAAUCUACCAUCCAAGUUUAAAAUUUAACGAUAAAAACACAUUCAAUACAGAGCAAAUGAGUUUACAAAGCUAAGAAAUAGAAAAACACAACCAGGACGUUUCGGGCCAAUUAAUCGGGCCCAUUCUCGACUGGAACAAAAGCUAAAAAAUUAAAAUUUAAUAGAGUCGCUUAAAAAGAAAAUGUGAACCAGUUUCUGUUCAAGUAUUUCACAGCAGAGUGCAUUAACCGUGCCAAAUCAAUUUUUUUAAAUUAUUGUCAAAGCUACAGAAGCUAGGAAAAUGACAAUAACGUUUUAAAUAUCAUCCGUAACAUGUUCAGCUUUCUAUCUGUUGAAAUCUUCAGAAGUUAGAAAAUCCGCUCAGGUGUAGCAUAUUUCAAAUUCCCCAUCUCAAGAAUACAGUCCUCUAAAAUUCAGUCAUUUAAUUCAUUUCUGCAUUAUCAGGUGUUUCUUUUCCAACUGGACCCCUUGAAACAAAGCAAACCCAAAGUAGACCCAUUUCCAUAAAUCACACCUGUAAUAUCUAAUAAACUCUGUUUACCAAAUUGUGUAUUAAAUUUUUUUAAUGUCUUGAAUGUUUUAGUAUAUCUGUACCUUCACUGGUCUACAUACUGCCUUGCCAUGACUAAUACUUGUAUUUUUUAACUGCACAGCUUCAGAUUUGUUGUGCUGUCACUUCGAGUUGAGUGUGUGUGAUUUCAGGUUCAGAUGAAAAUUUUAAAUAUCAAAGCAACUGAAAAAUGGGGUUGAAAAAUUGCAAGUUCUUUGCACUUUAUUUAAAUCGAGGAACACUGUCACUACUUGGGCGACUUCAUUGUGCAUUAAGUGCCUGCUUGGUACUGUCUCUACUUAAAUCAAAAUGAAAGUUUCCUCUAAUUUUUCUAAAACUAACAGGUUUUCUUAUAUUUAUUUAUUUUUUUUACUCUAGGAAACAAGUUCAUACAGUGAUAGACACUCAAAUAAUACAUUUAGAUUGCAAGAUGUAACUUAAGGUACAAAAUUAAAUGUAUGUAAAUUAUUGAGUUAAAACUUAUGUAUGCAUAAGAUUUAAAUUAAAGAAAUCGUCAGAAGUGAUUUCGAACGUAAAUAAAUUUCACGUAUUUUAAGAUAUGGCUUUGAGCGUCAGGAAUUUUAUCAUUCUAAUUAUUAGCAUUUAUAAUUACCUUGCUUAUUUUUUGUGCUUCAGCUUUUUACUUCAUUCCUUUUGUUCAAUUUUGCGUCCGUGCUAGAAUUAUGUCGAUAGUGAAAAACUUAAUCACAAACGUGCUUCUAGAAUUUUUAUAACUUGAAAAUCAUCUGUAAAUUAUCUUCCAGAAAAGUGUUAGCUUGGACUAACCUUAAUGUAUUAUUUAGAUUUAAGUUAUCAUUAAUUAGUGUUUACUUAUGCAUCCCUCCUUUCAAUCACCUUAUUGUUCAUCAGUCUCACUACCAAAAUUUGUUACCUUUAACCUACAAAGACUCUGCUAAGUCUAGGUAAAAUACGGUGACGUGUCAUGUAUUUAUUUGAGCAGCAUUUAACAAAUUGGAGGAAAUUCAAAAAUUGACGAAGUUCUAACUUUCGGCAUCUACCUGGGUCAUCGUUGAUUCAUUGAUUAAUUAGUCAAUUAAUGACUUAUGUAGCUGUUACUCGAUCAGCCCUCUGUUAAGUCUAAACUUAUUUUUUCUAUUUAAUAUGUGUGUGACAAAGUCCCGUGAGAGAAUUAAUAUGAUGGACUGUAAGAAAGCACUACCAAAGCACAUGAAAGAAACCUUCGAUGAGUAUAGUAGACAGUUUUGGGAAAACAUUUAUUUUUUAAUAUAUUUUUGUACCUCAGGUUAACUAUUGUGACCCAAUCCUUGCUCAAACUUCUAUUCCCAACUUCAUGCCGAAUGCGGCAAGACUUUACAUCAGGAAACUGAAAUAGCUCAUUUAAAUUUUUCCAUUUGUGUGAAAUUUUGUUUUUUUAAAUUUAUUUUAAAGAAAUGUUGCUGAAUUAAAAAUUAAUUCUCAACUUGGAUAGCAGUGUGUAUCCUUAAUUGGGAUACCUCUUUUUUAACAGUUGACUUAUCUGAGCUGUAGAUGAAAAUUAAAAUAUUAAAAUAAUAAAAAAAACACUCACCAGCCCUAA